AUGAGCCUCGCACCAGCCGCAGAUAUACAGAAGCAGGCCUCUGCGCCUAGCUUGAGCGAACCGACGUCAACCUCGGGAUCCACCCCGACUCCGACUGAGAAGGACAUUGAGGGUGACAACAACAACAAGACUAAGAAGCGCAGUCUUUUUGGCUUUGGCAAGAAGAAGGCCGACGACAAGGCAAGCAGUGCUACGACUGCGAGUAAAACACCGUCCAAGGCCGAAGCCAGCAUUCCCAGCCCUCCGCACACUCAAGACGCAUCACAACUAUCCUCGAGACGAUCGACACAAACAUCACCGGGCCCUAUGGAAGCCCCGCACAGGAUACCCUCGUCUCCAGGACGGGGUAUCUAUACGACUUCUCCGCACCUUACGUCUCCGGCGGGCUCCCAGAUCUUUGAACGAGAUGUUCAAGAAAGUGCUGCAAUUCUGCCCAAUUCGCCCGCUAUUCCUUCUCAUAUCCAAGUCGAGAACCAUAUCCCUCCCGCACUGGAUGCAACAUCAGAGGCCAUCACCGACGACCAUCUCAACCCCGACAGCGUCGAAAUCGUCACGCACGCUUCUCACCAGCCUGCCUCCGUGGCUGUUACGGGAGGCGCUCCGUAUGAGACGCAAUCCAGCGCGUCCUGGGUAGACGAACUCCAGUCGCUCGCAGAGAAGGAAGAAGCUGCCUCGAAUUACGGCAAUUUAGAUGCUGCAGACGUGAGACGUCUCAGCUUCAUUUCCUUUGCCGAUGUGGUUCAAGCCGAACAGCACGGUGUUGCGGCGAGCAGCCGAGACUCCAUGCACCUUGCCGGGCUGACCUCUGUCUCGUCUAGCGGACUCAACCGCUCGCCUUCUCCCGUGCGAUCACCCAUGUCAUCACAGGGUCCGGAGACUUCACCACCGACAAGCAAAUCAGGCUCUGUCAAGGGCGUGGAGAUGUCGCCGACUCGGAAACCUUUGGGUAGCCCCAGCUCUACUCAGCACAACUUGGGCAUCGGCGCGAGCAGCGACCUGAAUAUUGAAACCAUGUCACAAGCCUUGAGACGUACAGGCAGCACGGAUUUUAGCAUUCAUCGCAGCAUGCCUGUCAGUCCCAUUGAGGGCCAAUCUCCACGUUAG